AUGCUGCUUGGCCAGUUCAUCGACCACGACUUCCUCGCGACGCCGGUGUUCACGCUAAACGGCAGCGUCGUCGGGGGUGACCUCCUGCCACAGGUGGAUGGCAGCUUUAUCUCAGGCGAUGGCCGCCUCGGCGAGAAUCCUGGCCUCACCUUCUUGCACACGGUUUGGACGCGCGAGCAUAACCGCGUAGCGAAGGCACUGGCCCGGAAACACUACGACUGGGACGAAGAGCGGCUCUUCCAGGAGGCGCGCCGCAUAGUCAUCGGGGAGUACCAGCACAUCAUAUACAACGAGUACCUGCCGGUCGUGCUCGGUACUCAGUACACUUGCGAUCACGGCCUGGAGCCCGUGCACGGCCCCUCAUUCCAGUACUCGGACCAGGUGGAUCCGACCAUCAAAACCGAGUUCUCCACAGCCGCCUUCCGCUUCGGCCACUCCCAGGUGCACGACGCGUUUGUCCUCCGCAGCGAGACGGGCAAAAUCACGGAGACCUUGGCGUUGGAAAACACAUUUUUCCUCACAAACCUGAUCGAAGCGCCGGGCGCCGUGGCGCAGUUCGCGCGCGCGCUGACGGACCAGAAGCCGCGCUUAGUCGACAGCACCUUCGUGCCCGCCAUCCACGAGAAGCUCUUCGCCAGGGGCGCGCCGUUCGGCCUGGAUCUAAUCGCACUGAACAUCAACCGUGGCCGAGAUCACGGCCUGCCGAGCUAUGUCACUGUGCUCCAGAACUGCCUGCGUCAGUCGUUGCCCAACUCAUGGUCGGCGCUGAAGCCGUUUUUCGAGCCGGAUGUGCUCCAACGCCUGCAGUCAGUCUACUACAGCAUCUACGACAUCGAACUCUUCAUCGGCGGUGUGUCCGAAAAGCGGAAGCCCGGUGCCCUGGUCGGCGAGGUGUUCCAGUGCAUCAUCGGCGAGCAGUUCUUCAACACGCGAUACGGAGACAGAUACUUCUACGACAACGGCGGCCAGCCACACAGCUUCUCGCAUAAGCAAUUGCGCGAGAUCCAGAAGGCGAGCUGGGCGCGCAUCCUCUGCGACAACGUCAAGGAGCUGGACAAGAUGCAGCCGAUGGCACUAUGGCAGCCAUGCGUCUCCUACAACCGACGGCAGCACUGCGGCUCACACGCCAUACCUCAGGUCAAGCUCAACGUGUUCUAGACGCGCGCGACAGCAUCUGGGCCUGCCAGCGGGGCGGGCGCUGGUCGGCGCGCCGAUCCGAGGCAAGAUGAGCUACGCCAGGGCUGACCUCUUACUCGUCCGAACUUGACAGAGCGGUAACGGGAGAGGCACGAACUUGGCAGUACGAGCGACGGGAGAGGGACGAACUUGACAGGAUGAGAGACGGGAAAAGAACGAGCUUGGCAGGACGGGCGACGGGAGAGGGACGAACUUGACAGGACGAGUGACGGGAAAGAAACGAACUUGACAGGACGAGCGACGGGAGAGGGACGAACUUGACAGGACGAGUGACGGGAAAGAAACGAACUUGACAGGACGAGCGA